UCCUCCGGCAGCGCUGACGGCAUGUACGAGGUGUCCUUCUAUUCCAACGCCGUGGUCUCCUACGACGGCAGCAUCUUCUGGCUGCCGCCCGCCAUCUACAAGAGCGCCUGCAAGAUCGAGGUCAAGCACUUCCCCUUCGACCAGCAGAACUGCACCAUGAAGUUCCGCUCGUGGACCUAUGACCGCACGGAGAUCGACUUGGUGCUCAAGAGUGACGUGGCCAGCCUGGACGACUUCACGCCCAGUGGCGAGUGGGACAUCGUGGCGCUGCCCGGGCGGCGCAACGAGAACCCGGAGGACCCCAGCUACGUGGACGUGACCUACGACUUCAUCAUCCGGCGCAAGCCCCUCUUCUACACCAUCAACCUCAUCAUCCCCUGCGUGCUCAUCACCUCGCUGGCCAUCCUCGUCUUCUACCUGCCGUCCGACUGCGGCGAGAAGAUGACGCUGUGCAUCUCCGUGCUGCUGGCGCUCACCGUCUUCCUGCUGCUC